UUUCUAAUGGCUAGCUUUUGGGAUUCUCAGGACGCAGUGACCAUCUGUACUCUGGGGAUGGGGACAGCCUUCGGAGAGUCCAUCCUGGACAACACGCCCCGCCAUGCGACCAUUGUCACCAGAGAGAGCAGCGAGCUGCUCCGCGUCGAGCAGAAGGACUUCAAGGCUCUCUGGGAGAAAUAUCGACAGUACAUGGCAGGACUUCUGGCUCCUCCUUAUGGUGUUAUGGAAACAGGCUCUAACAAUGACAGAAUUCCUGACAUGGAGAACACACCUCUCAUUGAACCUCAUGUUCCUCUUCGUCCUGCUAACACCAUUCCCAAGGUACCUUCAGAGAAGAUCCUCAGAGCUGGAAAAAUUUUACGAAAUGCUAUUCUCUCUCGAGCACCUCACAUGAUAAGAGAUAGAAAAUACCACCUGAAGACAUACAGACAGUGCUGUGUGGGAACCGAGCUGGUGGACUGGAUGCUGCAGCAGACUCCAUGUGUUCACUCCCGAACGCAAGCUGUGGGCAUGUGGCAAGUGCUGGUAGAAGACAGUGUUCUCAACCAUGUGGACCAGGAACACUAUUUCCAAGACAAAUAUUUAUUUUAUCGAUUUCUGGACGACGAGCUUGAGGAUGCCCCUUUGCCUACUGAAGAGGAGAAGAAGGAGUGGGAUGAGGAGCUCCAGGACACAAUGCUGCUGCUGUUGCAGAUGGGCCCUGACGCCCACUUGAGGAUGACUCUGCGGAAGCCACCUGGCCAGAGGACAGUGGAUGACCUGGAGAUUAUCUAUGAGGAGCUCCUUCACAUUAAAGCCUUAUCCCAUCUUUCUACCACAGUGAAGCGGGAACUAGCAGGUGUUCUCAUUUUUGAGUCUCAUGCCAAAGGAGGAACUGUGUUGUUUAACCAGGGGGAAGAAGGUACCUCCUGGUAUAUUAUUCUAAAAGGAUCAGUGAAUGUAGUCAUUUAUGGCAAGGGCGUGGUCUGCACCCUGCACGAAGGAGAUGACUUUGGCAAGUUAGCACUAGUCAACGAUGCCCCGAGAGCUGCCUCUAUCGUCUUGAGAGAAGAUAAUUGCCAUUUCUUAAGAGUAGACAAGGAAGAUUUCAACCGGAUCCUGAGGGACGUUGAGGCGAAUACAGUCAGACUUAAAGAACAUGACCAAGAUGUCUUGGUGCUGGAGAAGGUCCCAGCAGGAAACAGGGCUUCUAAUCAAGGAAACUCACAGCCUCAGCAAAAGUAUACUGUUAUGUCAGGAACACCUGAAAAAAUUUUAGAGCAUUUUCUAGAAACAAUACGCCUUGAACCAGCUUUAAAUGAAGCAACAGAUUCAGUUUUAAAUGACUUCGUUAUGAUGCACUGUGUUUUUAUGCCAAAUACCCAGCUUUGCCCAGCCCUGGUGGCCCAUUACCAUGCACAGCCUUCACAAGGUACAGAACAGGAGAAAAUGGAUUAUGCCCUCAACAAUAAGAGGAGAGUUGUCCGCCUGGUUUUGCAGUGGGCCGCCAUGUAUGGAGACGUCCUACAAGAGGAUGACGUGGCUGUGGCUUUCCUAGAGGAGUUUUAUGUGUCUGUAUCAGAUGAUGCCCGGAUGAUUGCUGCCCUCAAGGAGCAACUGCCGGAGUUGGAGAAGAUUGUCAAGCAAAUUUCAGAAGAUGCAAAGGCUCCACAAAAGAAACACAAAGUUCUUUUGCAACAGUUCAACACAGGUGAUGAGAGAGCACAGAAGCGCCAGGCUAUCCGAGGCUCUGAUGAAGUUCUGUUUAAAGUCUAUUGCAUGGACCACACCUACACAACCAUUCGGGUGCCAAUAGCCGCCUCGGUGAAGGAAGUGAUCAACGCAGUUGCCGACAAACUAGGCUCUGGGGAAGGCCUGAUCAUUGUCAAGAUGAGUUCCGGAGGAGAAAAGGUGGUGCUCAAACCUAAUGAUGUUUCAGUAUUUACGACGCUCACCAUUAAUGGACGCCUAUUUGCUUGCCCACGAGAGCAGUUCGAUUCACUGACUCCCUUGCCAGAACAGGAAGGCCCAACUGUUGGAACAGUGGGAACUUUUGAACUGAUGAGCUCCAAAGAUUUAGCAUACCAGAUGACAGUUUAUGACUGGGAACUCUUCAACUGUGUGCAUGAGCUGGAGCUAAUCUAUCACACAUUUGGAAGGCAUAAUUUUAAAAAGACCACAGCAAACUUGGAUUUGUUCCUGAGGAGAUUUAAUGAAAUUCAGUUUUGGGUUGUCACUGAGAUUUGCCUUUGUUCCCAGCCCAGCAAGCGUGUUCAGCUCUUAAAAAAAUUUAUUAAGAUAGCAGCCCACUGUAAGGAGUAUAAAAAUCUGAAUUCCUUUUUUGCCAUCGUCAUGGGACUAAGUAAUGUUGCUGUGAGCCGCUUGGCACUCACGUGGGAGAAACUGCCAAGCAAGUUCAAGAAGUUCUAUGCAGAGUUUGAAAGUUUAAUGGAUCCUUCGAGAAACCACAGGGCCUACAGGCUGACAGUAGCUAAGCUGGAUCCUCCUCUCAUCCCCUUCAUGCCUUUGCUCAUUAAAGAUAUGACAUUUACUCAUGAGGGGAACAAGACGUUCACUGACAAUCUAGUAAACUUUGAAAAAAUGCGCAUGAUUGCAAAUACUGCCAGAACAGUGAGAUACUGCAGGAGCCAGCCCUUCAAUCCUGAUGCAGCUCAAGCUAAUAAGAACCACCAGGACGUCCGGAGCUAUGUACGGCAAUUAAAUGUGAUUGACAACCAGAGAACUUUAUCGCAGAUGUCGCACAGAUUAGAGCCUCGUCGGCCAUAGACAUUUAAAGUGCCCAGAACGAUGUCUGUCUCCAGUCCACAGUCUUUCAGAAAUGCCAUUAAUGCUACUACUGACUAAUUGUCUCUCGAGAUUUCUCCAAAACAAGCAAAAACACAUCCUGAGACAUCUCAGGACUACAUUCAGCUUACCAGCAUCAUGACAAAAGAGGAAAUUAUUUGACUUGCAUAAAGCUUGCACACUCUAGCUUAGGAAUAGCCAGUUGGUAGUCACUCUACUUUAUUUCCAGUUGUGCCAUUUUCUUUGCUGAAACAUAAGACUCACAGGAAAAGUUUAUCGCAGAAAUAUCAGAGUCAAGACAAGUAUCAAGCCCCUGACAUUUUUUCUAAGGGUGUUUACAGGGUGAGAUGUGCUGCAGAUGGUAUUUAUUUGGAUAUAUCAGUGGUGGUAUAGCUUAAUAUUUUUUAAUUCAGCAUCUUGAUUUGGAGCAUGGGGUUUGGGAAGGUACUGAAGAAUCCACUGAGUCCAGAUUUUAGGCUUCAUUCUUCCAUCUUCACGGUGUCUGCCUCUGCAGGAACAGAACCUGACCAAUUACUGUAAAACACUAUGGUUAUUUAGUAAUUUUCAAAGGACUGGUCUGUAAUUUCUGCAGGAUAUAUAGAAUACUGUUUCUGUUUACAAUGUAUUUUUUAAACUUACAAAUCAGGAUUACGUACAUAGGAAUUCCACUAAGAAACUCCAAGGUUCUUAAAGUUGCCAGCAUUAAGUUAAGAAAAUAACAUUUCAAAAGAGCACAAAAUACACAAAACAUUUUUCAAAAUUAAAAUAUUUUCCUGGGCAUUAAAAACCUUUAUUAUUGGCUAAUUAUUGUUACUGAUUAAAAAAACUCAUAUUUUCUGGACUUAAAUAUUAUUACAAACAUCUUAAUUUUCAGCAAUUGUUUUGCACUUUCAAAUAGAUUGUAAAUAAUUCAUUCAAUCAAUGAUACAGUUAUUUAU